AUUUUGCGUCUUCUUUUACAUCAUAUUCAAAUGCUCAAUACACUGAAAUAAUCUUUGGAAUUUCAAAUAAAAUAAUUUUUGGAUACGAUUUUGAAUAGAUUUCGUUUGAAUGGAACUGGAAACAUUCCGAGAUGACAGUUCGAAUGGCAACAGCAACACCGUUCACCGUUGGCAACCCGCAAGAGGUCAACAUGAGUGUUAUUCAUGAAUUUUCGAUUUGGCUUUGUGUAUGUACAUGUGUUCUCGACUUUUCUUGUACUUUCGAAUAACAAAUAAGUUUUCGAAGCGGUGUCCGCAUUGAAUCAUUCAUUACCAUUAAAACUCUGGAAACAUUCAAACUGUGUUUGAACAAUUCUUGUGUUCCGAAAUAGAAUAUCAUAACGAUAUAGAAAAAAGCGCAAUUGUCAAGAAAACAGAAUAAACAAUUUUAGGGUGAAAAAUGAGUACGGAUCAGAUAAACGCAUUGAAAGAAAAAGGGAAUCAGGCAUUGGCAGCCGAAAAGUUUGACGAUGCCAUCCAAGCGUAUACGGAAGCCAUCAAUUUAGAUUCAAAAAAUUACGUAUUGUUUAGCAAUCGAUCGGCCGCGUAUGCUAAAGCCGGUAAAUAUGAAUUGGCUUUGGAAGAUGCGAACAAAACAAUCGAAUUGAAUCCAACAUGGCCAAAGGGUUAUUCGCGCAAAGGCUCUGCAUUGUCGUACAUGCAAAAGUAUGUGGAAGCAUUCGAAGUGUACCAAAAGGGUUUGGAACUGGAUCCAAACAAUGCUGCAUUGCAACAAGGUCAAGCCGAAAUUCGCAAUGCCGUUUUGGCGCAACUUAUGAAAGGUCAACCGAUGGAUAUCGAUGAUCCGGCACCAUCAUCACCAAAACCCGAACCAUCAAAACCGAAACCAGAAGCCAAACCGGCCGAAGAUGAAAACCUACCGGAAAACGUUAAAUUAGCACGUAAAAGCAAAGAAUUGGGAAAUGCAGCGUACAAAAAGAAGGACUUCGAAACGGCAAUCAAACACUACAAUGAAGCCCUCGAACACGAUCCAACCGAUAUCACGUACUACAAUAACAUCGCCGCCGUUUAUUUCGAGCAAAAGAAGUAUGAUGAAUGCAUAAAGGAAUGCGAAAAGGGAAUUGAAGUGGGCCGUGAAAAUCGCGCCGAUUUCAAAUUGAUUUCGAAGGCAUUCAGUCGUAUUGGUAAUGCGUACAAAAAAUUGGAAAAAUGGAAGGAAGCCAAAACUAACUACGAAAAAUCACUGUCCGAAUACCGUACACCCGAGGUGAAGACGCUGGCCAGCGAAAUGGAAAAGAAGAUCAAAGAAGAAGAGCGCAAGGCCUACGUUGAUCCAGCCAAAGCCGAAGAGGAAAAGGAAAAGGGCAAUGAAUUCUUCAAAAAGGGUGAAUACAGCACAGCGAUCAAACAUUACACAGAAGCAAUCAACCGCAAUCCCGAUGAUCCAAAAUUGUACAGCAACCGUGCUGCCUGCUACACCAAAUUGGCCGCCUUCGAUUUGGGUCUGAAGGAUUGUGAUACGUGCGUGAAAUUGGAUGACAAAUUCAUUAAAGGUUGGAUCCGCAAAGGAAAAAUUUUGCAAGGUAUGCAAGAGCCCAGCAAGGCAUUGUCAGCCUAUCAAAAAGCCUUGGAAUUGGAUGCAUCAAAUGCUGAAGCGCUUGAAGGCUAUCGCCAGUGUUCAAUGGCCGUGCACAGCAAUCCGGCUGAGAUUCGUCAACGCGCCAUGGCCGAUCCUGAUGUGCAGGAAAUUCUACGGGAUCCAGCCAUGCGAAUGAUUCUCGAACAAAUGCAAAGCGAUCCAAAAGCCGUUCAAGACCACUUGAAGAACCCAGAAAUAGCAUCGAAAAUACAAAAACUUAUCGAAUCGGGUAUCAUCCAAAUUCAUUGAAACAAAUCGCAAAAAAAUUGUAGCGACUCUGUAACCAGUGAUGCGUACCAAAUAGAAGCGGUGGAAAACAAAAAAAAAUACACAAAAAAAGGAUAUAUAUACACACAAACACAAACGGAGACUUCAGUCUCAACACCGAAACACAAAUGUGAAUUGAACGAGGGAAACACAGAGAAUGAGGGAGAGAUAAGAGAUAAUAUCACAAGCUUAGAAAUACAGCGUCAACCAAUUUUUACACUUUCUUCUUAAAUUGGAAACAAAAUUUCGAUCAUUUUUGCUAAUCAAAAUCCAUUUUCAUUCUCUUCUAAAGUCGCUUUCAGUUUCAUUUGUAUUGCAUUGUUUCUCAUUCAACGGCAAAAUAAAAAUCUCCAUAUCUUGUA